AUGGCUCGUGUGGUUGAACUGGCCAUGGAAGGAAUCGGGCUGCUGCUCGCUCUUAUCCUUGGUGCUGCCACCACACUCAUUCUCAUACCUCUUAUGGACUACACACAGGACUUCGAUGCCUCUGCCCCUCAGAAUGGCACCUUUAUACCAACUCCUCGGCCACUUGCAAUCGUCUCCAGCACCCACCGUGCCCCCUAUGGAGCCACGACCCUCCUUCACUCCCUGGUGCGUGCAUCAGUGGGAUCACACACACCCUGGUGUGGAUUGCGGAGAAUGAAUGAAGCUGUUGCGAUUUCUUGGGGGCUAAAAGUGGGGCGAGGGAGGCUGAUGGCAGAGGCGAUGGAGAUGAAAUUGACAGCACUUGGCGUGCAGCUGGAAGAGGCCAUGAGAAGGUUGGACGAGGCUGAGCGCAGGAGGGGACUGGACGUGACAUACUUGAAAGAGCAGGUGGAGGAGAGGAAGAGGGAGCUCGCAGCAGUGAAGGAGAAAGUGGUAGAGCGGGAGUCAGCAGCGAUGCAGACCAUAGAGGAGCAUGUGAAGGCUGUGCAACUGGGAGAGUCAAGGGGAGAGUUGGGGGAGGCUGAGAGGGGACAAGUGGCAGGGGAGGUGGCUGAACGCACGACACUGAUGAGAGGCAGAUGGAGGGGAUGA